CCAUUUUUCCCAAGUGAGAACUUUUUGAAUUUUGUUUAUGUUUGGAGGCGAAACUGACCUGAGCGAGUGUGUUGAGGUGAAAAUAACGGGAGUUAUGAUCGCGGAUUUUUCAACGGAGGAUUGUUUUUCUUAAAUCGGUUUUUGUGAAUAGUUGUAUGUACAUUUGAUUAGUAGAACUGUGAAAUUAUUUCGAUUACUUGGAUUAUUGACUGUUGGUAGUGGAUUGUGCUUCUGCAACCAGAAGGAUAUCGGCGACCUGACAAUCGGUGAGUUAACUAUCUUUAGUCUACUCCAAAGUCGUAACAUCUGGUGUCACAAGUGGAAUCCCGCCCACUCUACUUACAAUGUCUACUUCUAAACGCCUUCACGAGCUCCAGAUUAAUGAAAUCCGAAAGGAGCUAAAGAGGCGAGGCAUCGUAGCGUCAGGAAACAAAGAAUCCCUUUUAGCCGUCUGAGAGAGGCCUUGAAAGAAGAUGGGUUCGACCCGGACACUCACGAGUUCGAAGUGAAGACUGAUCUCGGCGGAAUAUUGAGUAAAAUGAAAAAAGAGCUUCUAGGGUCAAUGCAAACAAUUGCGACUAGCCAGAAAACAGAUAUGGAAGAAUUCAGAAGUAAGCUAAGAGAUGAAAUCGCUGCAGUGAAGUCGGAGCUUACUGGAAAAGUCAAGCCAACUAUCUUUGAUGAUACGGUUUCGUGGACAGUUUAUAAAAGACAAUUUGAGGCAGCUAAAGACACAGCGAAAACGACCUAUUUUAGUCGGGGGCUCCAUGUGCAGGAGGAGGACCUCACGCAUAUUAUCAGACAGGUGGUGGAAACUAUAGAGGACCGGCGGUCUCAGCAGAUGCCCAGGCAGAACAGGUCGGUCUUUCGCUGCUGGAAUUGCGAUGCGCCUGGUCAUAUUCAAAGGAACUGUACUCGAAGAAAUGCAGGCCGUCUGAGAGGAAGAGAUGGAUUGGGUAACCAGCAAGCAGCCACCUCCCAAUCUCAGAACCAGGAAAACUAGAUUCUGCCGGUAUCGUGGGGCGGAGACAGGCAGCGAGAUUCACAGGAAGCUAUAGACUUAUCAUCCCAGUGGCUGUGUUAGGUAAAAAUAGAAGUCUGAGUGUACAAGGGAAAGUAGGAGUUCGUUUCUGCAGAUUUCUCUUAGAUACUGGCGCAUCAAUAUCAAUAAUUCAUCCUAGUCUCGUAGAAAAUCUCGUGAUUCAUGAAACAAGUGGCUAUUCACUAAAAACAGCUAGUGGUGAACUGUUGCCGAUUUUAGGACAAACCUUUGUAAAGUUUGAGAUAGCUAACCAACGUUUUAGUCACGAAUUCUUGGUCGCCAAUAUCAUGGAUGAGUGUAUUCUGGGACUAGACUUUAUGCAAUUAUUUGGAUUCACGUUGAACAUUGGGGGUGGCACAGUACAAUAUGGGACUCUAGAAAUUCCCUUGCUGGGGGACAACAUGGAAGAAGAACAGAUUAAGAGGGUCUUAGUAACAGAAGACACCACCAUACCCCCACAGUCUGAAGCCAUUAUAUGGGGAACAAU